AUGAACGAUUUCAGUCCUCCACCACUACGCGCACCCACAGCAUGUGUUGCUUGUAACAAAAAGAAGGUUCGGUGUAUCUUCAACGGGAAUCCUGAUGUAUGUGUGAAUUGUCAACGGCAUCAAUGGCCUUGCUUUCGGCGGGAGCGCAAGAGGAAAAGAGCCCACAGCAAUGCUGAUGACGGUGCCAAUAACGCAGAAGCGGUCCGAAGGAGACGGGUGGCUUGGGGAGAGGGGCCGAACAACUUCAGUCCUACUGGCACUGUUAGAUCCCCCUUGACAAGCCCCGAUGAUCAUCAGGAUCAGAGCCAGGGCCGCGACAUAAGCCAGGAGAGAGCUGGUACUGUAGAUCAUGCAGCAGCGAUCACACCGGACUCCAAUCCAUACUCCUCCGCUCCAACAUUAAGUUUUAUGGCACGCUCCCGGUAUUUCGAAGAUACCGUGGCGAUCAAUGAAGAUCAAGCUAGAUCAUAUCCAGAAGGAGGUGCAGAUGGACCGACAGAGGACGACCUUCAACUACUCAGGCUGCAGGGCGCAUUUGACCUCCCACCACGAGCUAUCCGAGAAGGAUUGAUCAACACCUUCAUCGAACGAUGUUCACCAUGGAUGCCAAUCAUUGAGCGAAGCUGGCUAGAAGAAAAUGGUUCCCAGAAGCCGUCAAUUCUACUUCUCCAGUCUAUCUUUGUUGCGGCAAGUCGAGUCACCUCUGCGCCGGCUGUGACUGCGUACGCAUCCUUGCACCAGUUCUAUCGUCGCGCAAAAGCAUUGUUCUGGUCAGGGUACGAGAAAAACCCAGUCACCGUUGUCGCAGCAGUGUGCAUUUUGCAUUGGUAUAACCCGGAAGGGCCUGAGCAUGUAUCCACUAAUACAAGUGGAUUCUGGCGAUACGUAGGGGUUGGUUUGGCUCAUCAGAUUGGAUUGCAUAAGGAGCCGACAAAUAAGAGAGAUGCCGCCCUGAGGCGUAGGCUAUGGUGGACUCUAUUUGCUAGAGAUUGUUGUAUUUCUGCAGGGCAAGGUCGCCCACUAGCAGUGGAUAUGGAGGACUGUGAGGUGGCACCGUUGUCUCCAGAAGACUUCCACGAUUCAAGCUCGAACGCCGCACUAUUCAUCGCAUACGUUGAGAUCAGCUCUAUCCUGGGUCAUCUCACCGAGUACUGUCGUCGGAAGACGCUCACACGCCAGGUUCGACAGAAUCUUGAGAAUCGCCUCUAUCGAUGGACACGAGAACUUCCAUCCUCACUCCGCUUGUUUCGCAGCACAAGUACAUCAGAAAAUACAUCAACUCAAAAAACAUUGGCCCCUUACAACUUUGAAGCGCGUCAGCUUCACAUGCCUUAUUUCACCUGCCUUGCCAUCAUGUGUCGACCUAACCCUGGAGAAUCUUCUUCAGCCGCAGUCCUGUUAGCAUCCUCCUUUAUGGCAGGAAUAUUUGAAGACUUCCUUGCUCGAGAUGAGAUCCAAUUUUUGGGCCCAAUAUUCACAUUCCACCUUCUGGCUGCUGGAAUUGGGCUUCUCUCGUGUAGGAACAUCCCAGCACACCGGGGGAAAAUAGCAGCCAACUUGGAAAGCAUUUAUUUGGCUCUGGAGGAACUCGCAAAACGCUGGUCAUCCGCUAAAGGAAGUCUAAGAGCUCUGAAGAGCAUUGCUGAGCAACAGCGGAGCACAUUGACAACAGACGAAAUGUCACCGGCGACGCUCUCUAGGGAGCACCUACAAUUUUUUGAAGGGCUUGGCCCGGAUCUCUCUUGGGCUUGGUCGUGCUUCGUAGAUAUCGGACAAGCCGGGGGAUCUAAUGAGAGAACUACUUCUUCUCUGGCAGCCGGGGGUCUGGCUAUAGAGAAUUGGACCGAAUCCCGGGCACCGGAUGCCAUCUCUUCGGAUGAUUACAGACCGCUUACGACAAUCUUAGAUCCAAACGCAGGAUUUACUAUGGGAGAUAUACCACACGAGCUCUCAGGGAAUUCUUUUCACAACCAGUAUCAGGGCAUGGGGGAUUGGCUGUUCAAGGACUUAGAAUGGAAUGGCGAAAUUUCAUGGUAA